CCCCGCCUCGCCCCGCCUCGCCUCGCCUCCAUGGGCCGGCGGGGCCAUGGCCUGCGCCCUCCGGACGCCCAGCGUCGCCUGGCUGCGGGCCGCCAGGAUGGGCAACAGGACGUCGGCUCUCUCCACCGAGGCAGAAGCUGCGGCCGCCACCCAGAUUCAGGAGACGGUGUCGGACAACUGCGUGGUCAUCUUCUCGAAAACAUCCUGCUCUUACUGCGACAUGGCCAAAAGGCUUUUCCGGGACAUGAACGUGAAUUAUACCGCCGUGGAACUGGACACGCACGAGUACGGGAGUCAGUUCCAGGACGCUCUUCACCGGAUGACGGGAGCCGGGACGGUUCCCAGAAUAUUUGUCAAUGGGGCGUUUGUCGGCGGAGCCACAGACACUCGCAGGCUUCAUAGAGAAGGCAAACUGCUUCCCUUGGUCCAGCGGUGUAGGGCGGACACCAAGAGCGGAGAAUUUGGAAGAGCGACCUAGGCCUCCCCGGCCGAUAGAGCGGUUGAAACGGCCGGCCGAAAAAGUGGAAAAUGUAAAGCGGCAGGCGGGACCGGAAAAUAAAGCCGUUACGCAAAC